UCCAGAUCCAUCCCGGAGGAGGCUGGGCGGGCGGACGGGCGGGCGGCUGCUCCGGUCCAGGGGUGGAGGUCGGGGCCCCGACCCGACGCAGCCAGGCGGAAGCGGGGCUGCCAUUGGCCCAGAGGCUGCUUUUACCUGCGCGCGGCCCGGGGCGCAAAGUCCGAGGCGCCGGCGGGGAGGAGGCGGCGGCCGGCAGCGCAGGUGGGCUCGCGCCCUCGGCCCUGCAAGAUGCCCCUGAGGCUACGGGGGAAGAAGAAGGCUAAGUCCAAGGAGACCGCCGGGCUGGUGAAGGGCGAGCCAACGGGCGCGGGCGGCGGGAGCCCCUCAGCGUCCCGGGCUCCCGCACGCAGGCUGGUCUUCCACGCGCAGCUGGCGCACGGGAGCGCCACGGGCCGAGUGGAGGGCUUCUCCAGCAUCCAGGAGCUCUACGCCCAGAUCGCGGGCGCGUUUGAGAUUUCGCCGUCGGAGAUCUUAUAUUGCACUUUAAACACACCUAGAAUUGACAUGGAAAGACUCCUAGGAGGACAACUAGGACUAGAAGAUUUCAUAUUUGCCCAUGUGAAAGGAAUCAAAAAAGAAGUGAAUGUGUGUAAAUCUGAGGAUUCACUUGGUGUCACCAUUACAGAUAAUGGUGUUGGCUAUGCUUUUAUAAAGAGAAUUAAAGAUGGUGGUGUUAUUGACUCAAUUAAAACAAUCUGUGUUGGGGAUCAUAUUGAAUCCAUAAAUGGAGAAAAUAUUGUUGGGUGGCGUCACUAUGAUGUUGCUAAGAAGUUAAAGGAAUUUAAAAAAGAGGAACUCUUCACCAUGAAGUUAAUAGAACCUAAGAAGGCAUUUGAAAUAGAGCCGAGGUCAAAGGCUGGAAAGUCAUCAGCAGAAAAAAUUGGUAGUGGAAGGGCAACACUUCGCCUGAGAUCAAAAGGUCCUGCCACCGUGGAAGAAAUGCCUUCUGAAACCAAAGCAAAGGCAAUUGAAAAGAUUGAUGAUGUUCUUGAAUUAUACAUGGGAAUUCGAGAUAUUGAUUUAGCCACCACAAUGUUUGAAGCUGGAAAGGACAAAGUUAAUCCAGAUGAAUUUGCUGUGGCGCUUGACGAAACUCUUGGAGACUUUGCGUUCCCAGACGAAUUUGUCUUUGAUGUUUGGGGAGUCAUUGGUGAUGCCAAACGAAGAGGAUUAUGAUGUGGACACGCCAUCUCUGAAGAAACGACCUAUCGUUCUUUUUUUUUCUCUUUUUAAAAGUCCCAUAAGAUCUGUUUUUGGACACCUUUACUAACUAUGAUUUAAUUUCAUGUGUAUGGAAUAUAUUCUUUGAAAUAUAAUUUUGGUAAUUUUGAUUUCUGGGUACUUUUUAAUGUUACUGAUGUAGUAUGCUUAAGAGAAAUGACCUAAAUAAGGAUAAAUUGUAAUAUUCAUUCAAAAGGAUUUUAAAAGUAAGUUUUAAGGAGUAUUUCUAGAUAGAUGAUUUUCUGUUCCAUUAAUACCCAUGCUUUGUUUUUCACAUAUAAAUAGUUGAUUUCAAUAGCUUUGUAGUUUUUUUUUUUUUUCCAAAACCUUAAUGUAAACUAGGAUUGGAGUAUGAUUUACCUCAUAGCAUCUUCAUUGUGUUAUCCUAGUUUGAACAGGAUAUGUUCAGGCAAUGAAAGGUGAAUGAUGCCCCUAUUGUUCUAGAAGCAAUUUUUUUUUUUUUUUGAUUUUCUGAGUAAGGGAAGGAAGAUUCCUGUGUCAUGUUGAUUUCUAUGGCCAACUUUCUCUUUUUGUAAAACAAAGAUUGAUUGAUUUUCUUGUAUGCUUCUUUAUACAAGCUCUCAAAACUUGUGGUUGAAAUAUGUGCUGUGUCUCUGCAUGUGUAAAAGAAGGGUAGAAAAAGAGGUAGGUAGGGUAGAACUACUUGAAUUUGAUUUUUUUCAGUCCUUAAAACAUUAUUUCUUUUUUUCACCCAUAGCUACUUUUAUGUUACUUUUAUAAGCACUCCAGGGAAGAUUUUAUAUUUUUUUGUAGAGUUUUUGGAAAGAUAUUUACUCAAAAUAACUGUUUUAGAACUUUUUUUUUUUUUUUUUUUUUUUUUGGUUAAACAUCAGCACUUUUUAGUUCCUUAAACUUUAGAAGAGAGACUAUCAGAAAUAGAUUUCCUUCCAGUGGAAAGAAAGGAGGAAGGGAGAAUUGAGAAAAUAUAUUAGUCUAUUAUUUUAGAGUUCUAAUGCACUCCUCUAAACCUUACAUUGUAGAGAAAAUUGAGGGUAAAUGACUGUCUUAUCACUCUUAUUUGACAUUUUAUAGGUGUAAGAGAAAUGGAAAUGAAUGGUUUCAACAAAGAUCAUUUAAUGCAGCAGAGCAUGGUGUGACCAAGCAUCUUUGUAAAGUGUUAGAUGAAAAAUGCUGUGUGCUGCCUUGGUAAUCGGAAAUAAUAACCUGUUAGGGAUGUAUUCUAGGAAAUCAGAAGUAGUUCUCUUUUCUUUCUGGGUUGUUGCUUAGAUAACUCUUUUUUUCUGAUAAAACUUUAGUUUUACUACCAUCCACUCCUUUGUCAAAUGAGUUUAAUGCCAUAAAGCUGAUAUUCUUUGUCUGAUUAAUUUGAAAUCUGCACAGAAGUUGUUUUAGUCAUUAAUGUGUAACAAAAGUAGCUUAUAGAAUAUGGAUUUUCUUAUUGCUGUUACUCAUCAUUUGAAAAUAAAAUCUAGCUCAGGUU